GCCAGACAGGCCACCGCGGCUCUAGCCAGAGGGGACAGGCGGCAUUGAUCACCCCACACACGUCUCAGCCCUGAGAAGUGCGUCUGGGGACAGCGGGGCCCAAGACAGUGGGUCUGACUUGUUCCUUCUUGGGCUCAGGUGGGCUUCUUGGAGGAAGCGGCAUUUGCAUCAAGACCGGGGGUGGUAGUGGUGCUGGGGGAGCAGGCGGCACCCCCACAAGGAAAUAACCUUUGAGAAGACCUUAGAGGCCAAGGACUGCAGUGUGGGGGCAGCUGCAGGGGCAGUGCCAGCUGGCACCAGUGGGAGCCCAGCCGGGGGCUUGGCUUUGCCGCGUGCCCAAGACGCUCGGAUGGAGAUUGCAGAGGCAGCUCGGGGGAUAGAAUUUUGGGGCCCUGACCUGUGCUUGGUGAUCAAAGGGUUGGGCGUGGCGAGACCCCUAUGUUGCUCAGCAUCAUUAGUCAUCAGGGAAACGGAAAUCAAACCCGCAAUGAGAUACCAUUUUACUCCCACGAGGAUGGCGUCAGUCACAGGAACGGACAACAGCAGGUGUUGCCGAGAUGUGAAGGGAGAGGGCCCUGGCGCUGCCGGUGGACGUGAACGGUGCGGCCACCGUGGAAGCCACCUGGCCGUUGCCGGGAUGGCUCACCUAGCGCGACUGUGGCCCAGUGAUCCCACUGCGAGGUGCCCACCUGAGACAGCUGAAAACACUGAACACAUCCACGUAGAGACCCGUGUGCCAACGUUGUUCCUAACAGCCGCAAAGUGGAAACGAUCCAAGCGUCUGUCAACGGAUGAUGGAUAAACAACGUCCUACCUCUCCGUAUAAAGGAACAUUAUUCCGCGUGACACACUGACACGUGCCACGGCGUGGAUGAACCUUGAAGCCAUCGUGCUUGGGGACAGAAGCCAGACAUAGAGGCCACACAUGUGCGGCCCCGCUCAUGUGAAGUGCCCGAGUUAGAGAAAUCCUUCAAGAUGCAAGUCGGCUCCUGCGUCCGGGCAGGGGUGGAGCUGGAAGCUGAUGGCCGAGGGGCGCGAGGGCCUCUGUGGGGUGGGGAACGUUCCAGACUGCAGGAGGACCACAGGUGCGUUAGAAAUCACAGGACCGGACGCACAAACGGCGAACACUACGGCGUGAAUGUCACGGUGCGUGUGCUGUAUGUCAGCAGGGCUGUUAAAGACCGUGGUCAGAUGUGACCCAGAAGUGACUGUGCCCCAUCACCGAGGCAGAGGAGGGAGAACUUACAGAUGUUCCCAGAACAAAAGCAGCAGUUGUACGAAGUGCGGCCUGCUGCUGGCGGCUGGAGCAGAGUUCAAGGUGAAGUUCUUUACUGAGGAGGAACAGCCUGGUGCCCACCGAGUUCCGGGACGGUGUCUGCAGUAACACAUGGCAUCUCACCCUUGCAAAAACAAAACCAAAACCAGAAAGGAAGAAGGAAGAGGAUCCCCUGAGAAUGGUGACGAAGAGAAAGCUCUGCCCCCCUCGGGCCUACAGAAGGGCUGUUGUUGAACUGACCCUUGGAAGGUCCUGGACUGGCCUGGUCCCCCGUCUGGUGCCAGGGGCUUUGAGCUGGUGACCAGCUUCACUUCCUCACAGCCAAGCCAGCUGAAGCCAGCGUGCACAGAGGUCACUGUUGGCUCCCCACGGGCAUAGUGACCUGCACAGUGGCCUAUACCCUUCCCCAUAAAACGGCCAAGCUGGCGAGGCCAGCGAGGCCUGGGAGGGGCUCCCGGGACAGGGAGCGGGUGGGAAGGCCACCAACGCUUCCCCAGGAGGCCACGUCCAUGGUGUCAGCUUGGCAGCCGGGUGGCGGACGUGGGUCCAGGUGGCCUCCAGGCACGUUCCCAUUUGUGUGACAUUUAUCAUGACAUGGUGCAAGCUGAGGUACAAAGAGUUUCUGUGCUCAGAUAAGCCGAGCCUCGGAGGAACUCAAGGAGAACACAAGAGCUGGAACACAAACACAGCGUGACCUUUCCCGGGACCAGCUCCCCUGCCCCACCUGGGCUCCCGUGGCCAAGUGCGGAUCCGCUCACACCGGCCCCGCGAGCCCCUGCUGACCCCUCAAAGGGCGGGCGAGCCCAGGCGGUGGGAAGAGGCCACGACUGUCCGAGUGACCGAGCUCCUUCAGGAUAGGCACCACCGCCUGUGUCAGGGACACGCAGGGACGGCCGCGGCUGGCCUGGCCAAAGGGGUCCCGUAGGCUGGUGGCCAGGGCCCCUUCCUCCCCCAGGAGGUGGCAUCGUGCUGGGCUCUGAAGGAUGACAGAGGCUGGACGGACGCAGGGGACAGGCACGAAAGACCGUGCAGGCCUAAAACACACACAGCGGGGUCCACUCCCGGGGCCCCCAGGGCCAGUCAGGGAACAGGAUGCUGGGGUGGCUGUCGCAGACGGGAACCCGGGACACGGCGUCUGGGAGCCUCGGCCCCCUUGGCAAAGAAAGCACCGAGUUCGCAGCAGAACUGCGGGUCACAUCGGCGGCCCUGGGCCUUCGUUUCCGUCAUGUGUAAAAGGCAGAGGGCAGGGCAGGUGGCAGCAAGUCCCUCGGUGUCCACCCUGCGGCUUCCUCUGUCACCCGUGGAGAUGACGUGUCUGACGCUCCUGCAUCCGUGCAGGCGGCUCUGCUAGAAAACAGGUAGAAAGAAAACCCUCCCACCCGCGGGAGUGACUCCCUCGGAACGGGGGGAUCGUGGGUGACUGUCCCUCCUCUGCCAGCACCCAAGACGGCGUGGGACGUGCGUGUCAUUCCAGCGUGUGCUGAGGAGCAGCCUCGCGAGGGUACUGUGUCUGCGCAGGAGGAGUCACUUGCUUUACGCGUUUGGUCGCCAGGCCGGGGGCUGCUCACCUUCCACGGCCACACGAGCGCUCUGGCUCUGUCCCCUGGGUGGCUGAGGGUGGCUUCAGGGCCAGCGGGCUCCCAGCAGCCUGAUGGUCGCCUGGUUGGCGGGGCUGGCAGUGGGCAGAGGCUGCCAGUCCCCUGAGAAGGGAUGACGCCUCAGGGACAGGGGAGGCUCUGCCCACGGCCCACCGGGUCACCGGCCCCCGCCUCCCGCUGUGCUUGCCGUGGGGCAUCUGCUUCUCAGACUCCCUCAAAAAUAGUAUGAAAGUGACUUGUGGAAACGGCAAAAAUCCAAAUAAAAGCCUGCACAGCGCACAGCCCCCUUUCUGGCGUCCUUGCAGGUCCCAGCGCAGCCGGCCCUUCCCGGGGUGGGCUCCUCCCAGCCGCGUCCCGGCACCCAGAGAACAAGCAGGGACCGUGGACGCCCUCACGCCCUGCCCGGCUCUGGGAAACGUCCGCGUUGUUAUUUCUCUGCUUCGGAUUAUUUUAAAAGGAAAUGGAACUUACAGAUACAUCCAGGAAUGAAUGGAUUUUGUGGGGCUCAAAAUUUGUGCAAAAUUUGGCAGCCACUUUAAACAAUACUACAAAUGACAAACCCUAUCAAGGUAGGAAAAUAAAUAUUUGGAGUGAGAAAGAAAUCACAAAAGCUCACACGUUAAAGAGCUGGUCUCUGCUGAACGAGCAGCAGCUAAAUAAUAAAAGACCCUGAUGACUGCAGUAAACACAACCAAAUGGAGGGCGGCACAUGAAUCUACGAUUACCUUAAAUAAAGCUUUAAUUUUUAAAAAUACAUAAAGAUCAUGAUAGACAGUAAAUGACAAAAUGACUGUCACAGACUGGGGACCUGGCCCGAGGACGGCAUGUGAUGUGGGGUCGGUUCCAGACCAGGAACAGAGCGAGUCUUUCCUGGCAGGACUUGACUUCUGCCACGGUCUCAGUUUUCAGUCAUCGUCCUGCGGUCACGUGAGAUGUUAACCUCGGGGGACCCUCAAGGAAGGCGACACAGAACAGCUUCUCUGAGUCUUAAAAUUAUUUCAGAAUAAGAAGCUGUGUUGACGUGGGCGAGAUAUUUGAACACCACGGAAGUGACACGGAUGAUGAAUGAGCCCGUGGAAAGUGCUCAGACCCGCGAGUCACCGGGGAAUAUAAAUUAGAACCACAACGAGACGCCGCUACAAACCUAUCAGCACAGUUAACAUUUUACAAAUGUCACACAAUCACAAGGCCGAACGCUGGCUGGCUGUGGGGCGGCGGGUGCUCUCACAGACCGCGCCCCGAAACGCAGAGAGGCGCGGCCACUUUGGACGCACUGGCGGCUUCUUCUCUUCCCGAUUCCCACUGUCAACACCCUACCCACGGCCCCGCUUCUGCGUGUCCUCACGCAGACGUGCAGGUGGAUGUCCGUCGCAGCUCCACUGACCGUCGCCGGUCCCGGAGGGAACCGGGCAGCAGCCGCCAGGAAAUGACCGCGGACACAGCAGGCAUGUUCUCAAAGCAUCACGCAGAGCGAAUGAAGGUCACACACGGGAGGCCCCAUCUGUGGCGGCCAGGGGCUGGUCUGGGGGGUGGGCAGUCCUGCUCACUUAGGGGCCCCAGAGAACUGGGGGUGGGCCUGGCAGCCUGGAAGCGGCAGCUAGGGGGCGGGCAGGCGGGCACGAAGGGCCUGCGCCCUCUGAAGCCUUCCGCGGCCUCCCCUGCCCGUGCCCCAGCUGCGGCCUCGCCCCCGACACCCAGGACACACUCGCAAUGCGGUUAAACCGCCCCGACAGCCACCCCACACCCUGCUCCAAAUGACAUCCUUGCGUGGCUCCAGACAGGGAGGGUGGCAGGGAGGCGGCCUCAUUCCAGGGGAUGGAGCGUGGCAUUUUGGGGGACCGGGUGGGACAGCAGGGCUGGCAGCUGCUUGGGGCUGCCGGAGUUGACCAGGGACAGAGAGCCGGCGGGGGAGCCGCCACCCUGGCCAUGGCCCUGGCCAGACCACCUCUCCUGCUGCUGGUGCUGGGCCUAGGCCUGGCCGGCGCCCAGAAGACGCUAGAAGAAGUGCCGGUGCAGCCGGGCUUUGAGGCACAGAAGGUGGAGGGACGCUGGCUCACCCUUCGGCUGGCUGCCAGCCAUGGAAACCUGGUGUCCCCGGCGGACCCCCUGAGGCUCUCUCUCCACUCCAUCCGCACGGGGGCCGGUGGGGACGUGGAGUUCCUGCUGCUCUGGAGAGGAGCGGGGGUGUGUGGAGGAGAAAACGUCACUGUCCACCCUACCCAGCUGCCAGGCCAGUACCACGGCUCCUGUGAGUACCCAGCAUGGGCGUCCUCCCGAAAGGACACACGGACACCCGGUGCUGGCCGUGACACCCAGGGGAGCCCACACGUCCUCUUGGUGCUGGCCACAGGGUGGGGGGCCGGGCCUGGGGGAUGGAGGGGAGGUGUCCCACGUCACCCAGCUGGGGUCCCCACAGUUGAGGGGGGCAGCAUGCACGUCCGCUUUGUCAGCACCGACUACAGCAACCUCAUCCUGCACGUGCGCUUCGAGGACGAGGAGGUCACCAGCCUGUGGGUGCUGCUGGCCAGAAGGAAGCUCGAGGACCCCCAGUGGCUGGGGAAGUACCUUGGGUACGUGGAGAAAUUCCACCUGCAGGAAGCUCCGGUCUCCAACAUAGGUGGCCAAUGCCCCCCUCCCCAGGCCUAGGUCCGGCUGCUCCCUGGGCCUUCCUGCCUGGCCCCGUCCCCGCGCUGUCCUUGGCCUCUCUUCCUCCCCUCACCUUGGCCUGUGGCUGGGACUCACCCUGGGGCCCGAGGAAGCCCCAGCCUGGAGCCUGGCCCAGCCCCUGUCCUGUCCCUUCCCCUGCUGGGAAGGGCUCCUCCCUCCCUGUGGGUCACCAGGUCCUGUCACCAACAGCCAGGCAGGGCAGGCUCUGAGAAACUGGGCCACGGGCCUCGGUACUUACCCUCCAGGAGUACCGGAGCCGGGCACGGCAGGAGCCUGCCCGGAAAACGCUCUGGCAAUGCCGCACCUCAGCAAAGCCUUUUCCACCACGACCGACCUCAGUGAAAUAAACGUGUCGGAUUAAACUCGCAAGCCGGUGACGGGCGUGGUCACAAAUCACACGCGACUCACCGCCGCUUCCCGCAGACCGGCAAGCCCCGCCAGAACAACGUGAGGGGAAUGACAAGUGUAUGCCCAUCCAUUCAGCAAGAAACUUCCAGAAUUCACGUGAAGACGGUGAGAAAUGGCCUGCUCUGGGUACGAGCAGUGACUUGAAUAAACAGACGUGGCAUUUCCGUAACUCUCAACAGCACACGACCUAAUAACCCUCAGAUUUAUCCGCACAUCUGAAGCCGUUCAGUCAAUAUUCCAAUGGGAUUUUCCCCCCAAACUGAAAACCUGAACCUAAAAUUCACAUGAGGGAAUAAAAAGUUCUGACGUGUUCUAGAAAGAGGAGUGAUGCCUGCGGCUGCACCAUUCCACCCCUUGUAAACCGUGACUCAAGACCCGAGCGGCAGGAGCUCGAGGAUGGACAGGUCAGGGAAACCGACACAGAGUCAGGCGACGGCACAGCCCGGCGUGACACUCGGCACACCCCACGGAGGCUCUCCGUGAAAGCGUAUUCCAUAAAAAUCGUGUUGAGGGAAAUGAACAAGACAUGCAGGGCAAAGAUGAGGUUAGACAUCUCACCCUACAUAUUAUCUUAAAAGUAAUUCCUAAUUCUGAAUAAAAAGAAAACUUGAA